AUGGUCGACACCGAGAAUUACCUGAUCUACAUGGAAUACAUCGAAGGCUGUUCCGUCCGGGAGUACCUCGUCACGCCCGAGGGCCAAACCGAGGCCGCACAGACAAAAGUCGCACAGGAUAUUGGACGCGCCUUGGGGUUGAUGCAUAAUAUCGAUGUGGUCCAUGGUGAUUUGACGACUUCGAAUCUGUUGAUGAGGAACGAGACGGGCGGGUCGGUGGUGUUGAUUGAUUUUGGGCUGAGUUAUGUCAGUCAGUUGAUUGAGGACAAGGCGGUAGACUUGUAUGUCCUUGAGAGGGCGUUCUCGAGCACUCAUCCUAACACCGAGGUCAUGUUUGAGCAGAUCUUGAAGGCAUAUGGCGAGAGUGGCAAGGCGUCCAAGCAGAUCCUCAAGAAGCUGGAAGAUGUUCGUAUGCGUGGACGCAAGCGUAGCAUGUUGGGCUAA